CAGAUGACGAGGUAUCAGCUGAUCGCGCGUAGUUUCAUUCACGCGGUCGUGUCAGACGGUUUCUCUUGCUCUCUCUCGUCGAUCAACCAUGAGUGCCUCGAAAGUGCCGAGCGACGAUCAUUGCGACUAUCGCAGCCCUCUAUCGACCCGGUACGCCUCGACGGAAAUGCGCUACAAUUUCAGCGACCAGAACAAGUUCGGCACGUGGCGCAGGCUCUGGGUUUAUCUGGCCAAGGCUGAAAUGUACGAAGAUCGUGGCACGGUCGACGACAAGGGCGACGUGCAGAUCACGCGGAAGUACCUGCAGUCCAAGAAGGCCGCGUCCACGCCGCCGGCACCGCCGACGCCGAACGAUUCUAAUCGCGGCCGUAAGCAAAUUCCGCCGAUCUGCCCGCCAAACGGCGGCAACGGCGGCAAGACCGACGGCGGACCGUUCAGCAAGUCCAUCAAUCGCAACUGCAACACCACCCGCUAUUCCACUAUGCUGGCCAUGUCGUCCAUGGACGAUUCAUCGCUGGAUGGCGACGACAAGAAGCCGCAGAUGGUGUUCAUGGACAUCAACGACAACGUGCAGCCGCUGAACGGGUAUUACCACUUCCAGGACAAGGCGCAACGGAAGAAGGACGCGGACAGCUUUCCCAACUUCGACAUGUGGAACUCGAAUCUGGUGCCGCCGUUGCCCAACUCGCCCACGAGUUCCGGCAGCCCGAAGACCUCGGAUGAGAGCUUGUUCCUGGAUAAAAUGCCGAGCAAGUCGCCGCGCGAUUGGGAGAACGGCACGACGUAUCCCAUGUCGCAGCCUCCCUUGCUCAACGGAUACCAAUACUCGGGCGAUUCCAGCGUCUCGAAUUGCCCGACCUAUUACAAUUUCUUGGCCAACAAAGUGGCCGAUCAGACCCGGCCGAUCGCGGCCGUUCGCUAUCAGAAUUAUCCGUGUUACGUGCUGCUGCAGAAGCCGCCGACUUAUCUCUAUUCCAAGGACGUGGUAGCUUAUCCGCAAUCCUCGCUCGUCUCCCAUCACGCUCGCGACGGCUACGAGUGUCGGUCGUUCGGGCGCAACGAGCAGAUCGGCGCCCACGGAUCGAUCGCGUCGACGGAUCCGAGCCCCGUCCAGGUCGGCGAGAAGCUCGGCAGCGACUACGAAUUCUGGCGCGCUGGAGUCCUGAAAGCAACGGGAAGCAACGACGCGACGUCGCGCACGAUCAACAAACCCGCCGCGUCGUGCUACGCAGCGCAAAAUUACUCGCCUCUUCUUUUGAACUUCACGCCGAUCUGCACGAACGCGGAAAACGCGACGUCCUGCUUUUUCCCGCUCGACGGGAACGACGAGAAACGCCCCAGGCCGAUCUUGAAGCAGGAAACCGUUCGCGCCCAGCUGUAAUUUUUCUUCCUUUCCGCCCCUCUUUUCGUUCCUCACUUUUGAGACUUUACGUAGGUUUUAUAGAGAACAGCGGCGUUUUUAUGUUUAUUUAUGUUUACUAAUGGGGCAUUCAUUAGACACAUUUUUCGUUUUUAAUUAGUGACCUUGCUGCCAAAGAGUUAGUAGUAGGUAGCUAGUAAGUAGCACAAAAAUUUCUUUUUUUUUUUUUAGUGUAAGUGUUAAACUCAUCACAGUUUUCUCAACCUACAGCUCAAUAUGACUCGCGCAAUUUUUUUUUAUUUUAUAGCAUUUUAUCAAUGCCAUGUUACCUUUUUUUUUUGAAACCACGUAUAAUCGUUGGCAGUAUCUAUUUUUUAACGAUCUAAUAGCGAUUUAAAUAGCGGCUCGCUUGCAAGGCACGUUUGCGUGCAAAUUUAUAUUGGAUUAAGUGUCUCGCGUUUAAAUAUUUACUAUAUUUAUUUUGAAAGUGAGAUUAAGAAGACCACCCACGUGUAUUUUCUAAUCGCGUAGUUUUUAAUGGGUUUUAGAUUUUUUAUUGCCAUAUUUUUUGUUAUCGUCACGCGCUUGGAGUGAGAGAAGAGAGAUCCGAGAUCUCCCGUGAAAUUAAACAAGCCACAUCCGAGAAAUCACGCUAUAUUUUAAGAAUACAAAACCGAAGACGAAAGAUAAAUGAUAAAAUCGACAAUAAAUCGACAAAGCUAGCGCUACAUUUAAAUAAUGUUUACAGCAGAUUACGGAGCGACGCGCAUCCCGCCGCAAUUUGGCGGCAAUUGAGUACAUCAUGUUUCAUGAGGAAUGUCGCAAAGAAGUAUGAAUCAUGUUCUUCCGAUAGUAUUAUCUUACACAUUAAGUUACAGCUAAAUAAUCAACAACGCGAUCAGCGCUGCUUAUUUUUUUCUCAGCAUGUUCCGCGCGAGGACGAGUAUUCUGUGUGUUCCUUAAUCGCCGUUCCUAAUGACUAUUAUUGUAAGGAAUAAAGAUUUUUAACGAAGCGAUCACGGUCGACGUUUCCGGUUGUGACACGCGCGAUAUCGCCGCGAUGUAUCUGUAAGUUUUAAUGGCAACCUAUUUACGUGGAGGAGGGAGAAGCCGCGUGUCUUUGCGAUCGACCACAUCUCGGGCAAGUGUCCGAUUUCGGUUUAACAUUCUGCGAAUGGAAAUUAUUUCUGGUCAUCGAAUUUUAAACGAAUCUUUUAUGGAACCAUUAUAUCGACACUUACAGUUCUGACGCCUCGAUCACGGAAAUGCAAUCGACAAUUGGUACACCGUAGCUUUCUUAAAUCCGUGCCUUCGAGCCUGC